AUGGCGAUUUUCCCCUCACGAUUCGAGUGGCGCGAAAAUCGGCGGUCACGUGACGCGCGGCCAAUCAGAACGCCGGCACCGCCUUCACCGGGACGGAAUCGCCAGCCAAUCACAGGAGAGAACGCCCAGAACCGGAAAAGCGCCAGCCAAUGGGAAAGCGCGGCGCUGCCCACAUUGGUGACGCUGCUCCGCGAUUUCUGCGGCCCCAUCAGCGAAAAAAACCUGGGAAUGAACCUGGGACUGGAUUUUGGCCACAUCCAAACGACGACGCCCGAAAUCCUCCGGAGCCUGGUGCAGUCUGAGCCCGAGAGCCCCAAAGCCUUCAACCUCCUGGAUUUGGGAUCCGUGGGGCUGUUUGGGGCGGAGACGCAGCAGAGCCGGGUGGUGCCGGGGGGGGCGGCCAACAGACCCCUCCCCCCCCCUCGGGGGGACCAGGUGGGACGCUAUGGCACCCCGGUCAGAGUGGAUGAAGUUUCCUUUCACAGUUCCCUUCGUCUCGAUGAAUUCGGCUCCUCCCGAAUCCUCAGGGUCACCCCCACCCCGGGGGAGAUGACUCUGAUGCAGUACCAGGUGAUGGACGAGAUCCCGACGCCGCUGCCGUUCCGGCUGUUCCCCAGCCUGGAGUGUGAAACCACGGGAAGGAUCCGCCUUUACCUGAAACUCCGCUGCGAUCUCCCCCCUAAAAGCCAAGCUCUGAACGUCCGCCUGCAGCUCCCGGUGCCCAAAGGCGUCUCCAGCCUCUCCCAGGAGCUGAGCAGUCCCGACCAAAGGGCUGAGUUGGAUUUGGGGUCGCGGAGCCUCCGCUGGGAAAUCCCGCGGCUCCAGGGGGGGUCUCAGCUCUCCGCCCUCUUCAAGGUAAAAACCCCA